ACCGUGAAUUUCAAUGAGGCCUGCAGGAUGCGGGCCCUCCAGACAGGCAUGAUGGAGAAGCUGACAGAGUCCAUCGCACCAGCUUUCCUGAGGAGGAACAUCUCUAGCUUCACCACCUUCAUGGUCAACUACUCGGCCUUAGACACAUCCCACCAGGUCCUGGACCAGCUGUUUACUAGGUCUUGUCAUCCACCGUCCAUCCCAAGGGAUGCCCUCAUAGCCUCCUUGACAUCUGGAGGCAUCUCCCCUUAUUCCAGCCAGGAGGGCAGAGCGCAGGACCACCUAAAAAAUGCCAUCUCUUCUCUGGUGGAAACCUGCCUGGACCCAUUGCAGGAUUUCUGGGAGCUCCUGCACUAUCCCUGCUUCAGCAUGAAGCUGGCCUCUCUGCAUCUCAGCUUGCCUGGCUCGGGGCUGCAGGGCCACGCCUACCUUCUCCAGGUCCAGCUGGAGCAUCCACGGCCCAUUGAGGCAGAGCUGGAAGGUGAGGCGACUGCAGUCUUGGAAGACAAGUUGCAGAGUGUUCAGAGGUUCCAGCUGUGCCUUUCCCAGGUUCCCUGA